GCAGCAAUCAAAAACAAAAACAAAAACAAAAACAUCCUUCGACUCUGUUUAUCAUAGUUGUUGCUUAUGAUGUCGUAACCUCGACUCGUACUCAAUCAAACAACUAAAUUGAACUAGCAAGAAAUGGCGGCUGCUGCUCUCAACUCAUCGGAGAGAGCCCCGAUAUUACCGGUGUCCGAUCCCUCAACUCCUUCCAGAAGCAAUGAGAGACGAUCCGCCAUGACGAGGCGUGGUGUUUAUGCUGCUCUCUCUUACAUGACUUGCGCUGUGCUGCUGGUAUUAUUCAACAAAGCAGCUCUUUCUUCUUAUAACUUCCCAUGUGCAAAUGUCAUCACGUUGUUUCAGAUGAUAAGUUCAUCUUCUUUCCUUUAUGCAUUACGGCGCCGAAAACUUAUUUCUUUUAGUGCGGGAGAAUCAUUGACCGGUACUGAUGCUUCAACUAAAUUGGUACCUGUAAAGACGUUGAUUCACACCCUACCUCUUGCUCUUUCCUAUUUACUUUACAUGUUAGUAUCCAUGGAGUCUAUACGAGGGGUAAAUGUACCAAUGUAUACAACUUUAAGGAGGACAACAGUGGUAUUCACUAUGUUGGUGGAGUAUUUUCUUGCAGGACAAAAGUACACGUCAUCUAUCCUUGUAAGUGUAUCAAUGAUCGUACUUGGUGCAUUUAUUGCUGGAGCUCGUGACUUGUCAUUUGACUCCUAUGGCUAUGGCGUCGUUUUCCUGUCCAAUAUCAGUACAGCAAUAUAUCUUGCCACCAUAUCCCGUCUUGGGAAGUCAAGUGGUCUGAAUAGCUUUGGUCUUAUGUGGUGCAAUGGAAUUAUGUGUGCACCACUCUUGUUCUUUUGGACACUUAUUCGGGGUGACUUGGAGAAGACAAUGAAUUUUCAGUAUCUUCUGUCUCCUGGAUUUUUGCUUGUGAUGCUUCUCUCAUGCGUACUGGCAUUCUUCUUGAAUUACAGCAUCUUUCUGAAUACAACCCUCAAUUCAGCAGUCACACAAACAAUCUGUGGCAAUUUGAAGGACUUUUUCACUAUAGCACUCGGAUGGAUAUUUUUUGGCGGACUCCCGUUUGAUUUUUUGAAUGUUGUUGGACAAGUUCUUGGUUUUCUUGGAUCUGGUUUGUAUGCCUACUUUAAACUCGUAGGCAGGUGACAAAUAAAGGAUUCUUCAAGUUUACUGUUGUUCCCGUUGAAGGGGAAUCAGCUGCUGCCAUUAAGGUAUUCCCAUGUUAUCAUAUGUGAUAUAUGGGGAGUUUGAUAGAUGUGGCAAUCUUUAGUAGUGGCAUUAUGAGGGUGAGAAGUACUUCAUCUGUCUUAUUUUUUGACGAAUGAUACAAGUUGAGCAGACUGCUUGAAGAGUAAAUUAGUUUAACACCAGCAUAGAUGGCAUAUGAAAUCACCAUCUGUGGAAACACUUAUCCCCACAAUUUUAUGUGGUGACGGCAUCAUCAUGCGCUGAUCCUAACAUCUUCAGCUGAGAAAGAAGGAUAUUCCUGAUACAAAAUUGAUUGCAACAAUGCAGAACAAUCUAAUUAUAUUUACAUUUGGUUCCUAGCUAUAAUUGUGAUUUGUUUUUAUCUUUUAUUGGGAGUAAUCUGCCGUUGAUACUGUUCUUCCUUCGUGUAUAGAUAUGUUAGCACAUACUCCCACAGAGAUUUGUAAAAAUUGUCUGUUUCCCGUUCAUUUGUCAUUUCUCGAAAGUCUGUGUUCAGUUGAGUUCCGUGAA